CGUUCAUUCAUGACAGAGACUUCAGUGUGGCAUGACCCAGGAGAGAGAAGGUUAUCUUAUAAAUACACAUCCUGAGUUGACCAGAUAUCCUGACCAGAGAGACAGAGGUGACGGCUGCCCUGUAACCAUGACGCCAUUGUUUGCCCUCAUCUUGCCUCUCCUCCUCCUCCUCCCCCUCGUCAGUACCCAGGUACCCCACUGGGGGCCUUGUCCGGAACCAGCCGUCCAGCCCGCCUUCAGCAUAAAAAAGUUCAUGGGUAGAUGGUUUGAAAUCGCCAAACUGCCUGCCCAGUUUGAGAAGGGGAGGUGCAUCGAGACCAACUUCUCCAUGAAGGCUGAUCAGACCAUUAGAGUGGUCAGCUCUGAAAUGUUAAAGGGAGAGCUAAGGACUAUCGAGGGGACAGGAGUCACGGAGGACUUGAAGAACCCAGCCAAGUUAGGCAUCAGCUACUCUUAUGUCCUCCCCUACUCGCCUUACUGGGUCAUCUCCACCGACUAUGAGAACUCAGCUCUAGUCUAUUCCUGCACCGAUGUCCUGCGUCUGUUCCACAUGGACUUUGCCUGGAUCCUGGGGCGCACACGCACCCUCCCUGCCGCCACCGUCGACAAAGCCAGGGAGAUCUUCACAAGCAGCAACAUUGACGUUAGCCGGAUGGUCGCCAGCAGGCAGCAGGGCUGUGAUAAGACCCUCUGAGAGAUUGAAUACAAUUGGAUAGAGUAGAACUUCAUAGAAUUUUCCCACAGGGACAUUUGGUUUGCAACAACAUAGUAUGCAAAAGAGAUGUUGAUGGAAAAAAGUAAUAUAGUUUCCCUCAUCUGUAUAAUAACAUGUUAGCUCGGCAAACUUCAGUGACAUUCCAUUCAUUAUUCAGAGGAAU